AUGGCAAAUGUUACAAACAAAAUCAACGAUUUGGAAAAACUUCUGAACGUCACUUACCUUCGUAAUGUAAUAGUUCCAGAGAUGAAACGAAUGGUCGAGGAAAGCAACAUUGACAGUCUUUAUGAUGAUGCGAGACAAUUUUUAAACACAACCUUCCUGAUUGAAAAUAUUCUUCCAGAGAUCGAGAAGGUAUUUGAUCGCUUUUACCAGUUCAAGGCAGAUUUCACAUAUUUAAAGAGCGACUACCUCCAAACACAGUAUAAUUUUUGGUGUGUGUAAUAUUCGGGUCAUUCUAAGAAAAAAUCUAAUAUAUCUUUAUAAUAAAAAAUCCCAUCUUGAUCAACUUUUCCAAUGCCAAAUGUCCAGAUAUGGUGUCAUUAGGUGAAUUUUUGGUACAAUAAACUCAAAGGAAAACUAAUUCGCAAUUCACCUAAUGACAUCAUAUCAGGAACCUUUGAUAGUGAAAAAGUUGAUCAAGAUGGGAUUUUUUAUUAUAAAGAUACAUUACAUUUCUUCUUUGAAUGACCCAAAUAUUACACAUACCAAAAAUCAUAUUUGGGGUUAGUCGCACUUUAAUUAUUGAAGCUGGUCACAGACGCAAGCAAGUUUUCAUACGAGAAGUUUAUUUGCUCCUUUGUAUAGGCGAUUGCCAAUUUUUGCUAUGGCAAGAACACUUGUUCAAACGAUAGUAUGCUAGCUUUUGAAGCACGGGCCUUGCUAUAGAAAAAAUUGGCAAAGCAGUGGUGUAACUUUACUUUUUUGACCACUUGCCCUCUGGGCAAAUUGGUCAUGAAAAUUAGUUGCCCUGAAUAUAAUUUACUUCAUGCUAUCAGACAAUGGCUACUAGGGUACCUAGAUACAACAUGUUGACCCGUUCUCCCGCUGCUCUAUAUGGCUAUGUUCAGGGCGCUUAUAUAUAUAUAAGCGUCCUGGCUUGCCCUGGCUAUGUUAUACUGCCUCAGAUCUAGCUUUGGCCCACAAAAAACAAAUUUGAAAUCAAGUACAUGCACUAUAAAAAAUUUAUCUGAGAAUGAAAACAUAAACUUAAAGAUAACCAGUUUUUUGUGGCAAGGCAACUUGCCCAAUCGGGCAAGCAAGAUGAGACGUUUACUUGCCCGUCAUGAUAUUCACUUGCUCCGGGCAAGCGGGCAAGUGUUAAGUUACACCUUUGCAAAGUACAAAUUUGUUUGUCUGUUUUGUCUGUAUGGGUUAACAAAGAAGAUUUGGCAAAGUAAUCUGAGCACUUGCAAGCAGUUGAUCAGUGAUCUGUUUUUGUAAUAACUAAUAUUGUAAAUAUUAAUGACUAUAGUAUAAUAUCCUGGCGGUCAGAAAACCGAACACUUGUCAUAGAAAUUUUACUGGACGUAAACACGUGCAAUUGACAAAGAAACUUUCCAAAUAAAAACUUAUCGAUAUAUAUAGGAAACUUUCUAGUCUGUAAUCGACUUGAACGUUUUUGCAAUAUUGUUGUACAUUUAUGACGGGUCCUCCUAAAUCUUCUUUUUUAUUAUUAUUUUUGAUAGGUCUGGGAUGAGCUGGGAGUAGACGAAAAGCUAGAAUGGCUUAUAAACCUGACCAAUAUGACAUUCUUAAGAGAGUUUAUUGAAGAAGUCGAUCGAGAGUUUAGUAUAUCGUUGAAAGGAAAGCAAAUUUCGGACGGAGAUCUGGCUGGUGUUGUGAACGGAAUUCUCGAUGACUUGUUUGAAACUGAUAUGCCGGAGAUAGGUGGGUUUUGUAUAUGACCGGACCUUUUUAGGUUUGACAUUGUUUAUAUACAAGUUAAAGUGCCUCAUUACUGACUGUUGUUGUGUCUGUCUGUCUGUCUGUCUGUCUGUCUGUCUGUCUGUCUGUCUGUCUGUCUGUCUGUCUGUCUGUCUGUCUGUCUGUCUGUCUGUCUGUCUGUCUGUGUAAUUCCCUUGCUUGUUCUGGAAAUCUCAGUAACUGUUUUAUUUCUUAAUAUUUUUUUUCUCUCUUAAUAUUUCCAUUAUAAAGAAGUGCCUGUAACUAGUCUGCCUACAAUGAAACCUACGGGUACCACUGCUAAACCCACCCUUCCACCUGUCUGUGAUGCGGACUGUGCUGGUAAGUACCGUUUAUGUUUGAUGGUGACGACGAUUGUGAUGGUGUUGAUUGUGAUGGUUAUGAUGAUGAUGAUGGUGGUAGUGAUGGUUAUGAUAAAGAUCCUGGUUACUGAUGGCGAUGAGGAUGGUGAUGAUGGUUAUAAUGAUGGUGAUGAUGGUUAUAAUGAUGGUGAUGAUGGUUAUAAUGAUGGUGGUGGUGAUAAAAAUUCUGGUUACUGA